CUGCGAUUCCCUGCCAAUUCACGGCCGUCAUAGGGAUGGCGGCAGCGGCCGCGCAACCGGCAAUGAACGUUGCUGACUCUCGGCUGCUGGAGAGAUUCGAUGUGGGGCACGUCAUCUUCCAGGGCGGGUAUGUAGGUGGAUGGUGAAUGAAUGCAGAGAGAGCAACGCACGCGGACGCUGCGAUGCACCUGCGUGGUUUGGAUGUCUGUAUGAGCAGGUUUGCUCAGGUGGCCACUGCGACGGACAGGGCGUCGGGCACACGCUGCGCCUGCAAAAAGAUCAGCAAAGCACUGCACGAGUGAGCGAGAUCACAGCGUCUGCUUCCUUCCCUGCUCGCUUGAUUCAUUUCAUUCAUUCAUUCAUUCAUUCACUCAGGUCGUUUGUCGGUCAGCGCGCCACCCAGCGGACGCUGGAGGUCUAUGAGAUGCUCAAGCUGGCAAAUCAUCCCAACACCGUCGAGAUAUACUACGCCUCUGCCGAUGCCCAGAGCACCUACGUGGUCAUGCCAUGGUUGGAACUACAAAGCCCUCUGUUUGGCGCUUCUCCGUUGACUUGGCUAACGUGCUCUUGCUUUGGUCGCAGGAUUCAUGGAGAGAACCUACUGCAGUACAGCUACACGCGACACCCGCUGCCACGCGAACAGAUCGCGACGAUCAUGGAGGGCGUGUUCGAGGCACUGAAACACCUACACGACAACAACGUGAGCGAAUGGGGGGCGCAUGGGCGACACAUCAUGGCUCGUGUCAGUGUGCUGUCUUGGUGUGUGCCUGUGUGCUGCAGUUGGUGCACCGUGACAUCAAGGAGGACAAUCUGAUUGUCACUCGUGACGCCAGCGGCAACGUGUGUGUGGUUCUCGUCGACUUCGACCUGUGUGUGAGUGUACGCGACGCCGAGCACCUGCGGGAGCCCCCUGGCCAUUUCCCGCAUAUGGUGGGCGGGCAACGGACGACCACACGUAGCGAGAUUCAGUUCAUGCCUUGACGUGUUUAUCUUCAGGCUCCGGAGACCAUCGUCGCCUCGCAUUUCUCGUCGGCCAGUGACAUGUGGGACGCUGGGGUGAUCAUGUGAGUGACAGAUAGACAAACGGAGACGACACCGCACUUUGUUAUUAUCCUUCCUUGGUUGUCGUGUUGGUUGGCUGGGGUGUGUGCUGUGCAGGUAUCGGGUGUUGAUGAAUCGCUUUCCGUUUGAGGUCGCCGGGCUGAGCCGCGGUGACGCACUGCAGAAGAUCGAGAAGGUGAUUGAUUGAGGCAACGGCACCGCACCGCACCACACACGAACUCUGUGCAUCGUCAUCUUUACCUGCGUGGUGCCUCUCUCUCUCAGGGCUACACCAUCGACGCACUCAUGCAGCAGGACCACGAGGCCUGCGAUCUCAUCCAUCGCCUACUCGCCGAACAUCCGUAUCAUCGCAUCACUGGUCAGCAGCAGAAUGUGCAUAACCAACACACAUAGUCGCACUCACACCUUCCCCUCCUUGCAUGUGUCAUCCAUCCAUCAGCGGACGACGCGUUACACCGCCCAUUUGUGAGUCAGGGCGUGCUCCCCGCUCCCAAUCCCGCACCCAUGCCACCCAACCCGCCCACCCGUCCCCCCGAGAACCGGCCGAUCGACGCGUCGGCGCUGGCACGACGUGGCCUGCAGUUGCAGCCAGGAGUGCGGGUCCAUUUGCCCCACGGCAACGGUUCAUCUGCCGCCCCCCACCCCCCACCCGCCCCAUCUGCACACAUCAGCCAUGCUGCUGCCCCCGCACAGAACCGAGGCGUUGGCCGCGACCCCUCACCGCCCGAGCCAGCAAGAAUACCGCCCGAGCAAGAACACCAGCACGAGCAGCAGCCGGGCCCCAUCAUCGGCGGCCUCCUGGAGGAGGGCACAGGAGGCGAGCGGGUCGGGGGAGAGGGCGGCAGUGGGAGAGGCGAGGGCGGGGUCGUGGGAAGCCAACAGCAGAUGGGCGUUGGUGGAGCGGCUCAGGGGGAGGGGGGCAGUGUGUGCGGUGUUGAGAGGGAGGGGGAGGAGGAGAAGGAGGAGGUGAUCAUAAGGCGGGAUUGGGAGGGGACGGACGAGGACGACCUGUCGGUGACUGCGGGGAUGAGGGUGAAGAUCAUCUAUCGCGACGGGCGCGGGAUGAUAUACGGAAAUAUCGUCCAGCAGGACGGCACUGCUGACCCCCGGCCCGAGUCAUCCGGAUGGUUCCCUGACAGACUCACCCACGCUCCCCCGCCCGCACCCGCGGCUGUUGCCGAGAGGGCGGCCCAGCCAGCCGUCAACAGAGCCGAUGACGGUGGCUGGGGCAGCACGUGAGACGUCGGAUAAGUGGUGGGUGGUGGAGGCCGGCGGCCGUGGGUGUGUUGCGUGUGUGGGUGUGCAUCGAUCAGUGUGUGUGUCCGUGCGUGAGUGUCGUGUGCUGUGCAUAGCUGGUGUAGAUGGCCCUCUGGGCCGGGUGUGGUGUGUGUGG